CCGCCCGAUUCUGUCUCACUGUCACCUCCCAUAAGCAGUUAGGAUUCCCCGACCGGACAUUGUCCUCUGCAAAAUAGUUGCGGCAGUUUGUAAGAGGACACUGUCCGGAAAAGCUGGGAGGAGGAUCCUAACAACCUUAGAGGAAAGUUGAGGAGUGAUUCAGGAAAGAGGGUAGGAGCAGAAGGUUAUGACCAAGACAAGAAAUUUCGCGAAUCUGUUAGGACCGUUAGAUCAGGUCGAUCUGCCAAAAAUAGAAAUGGAGAGAGGGAAUGGUCUGAUGGAUGGGCAGAAGCUGAGGGAAGAACGAAAUCGAGAAUCAGACAAGUUGAUGUAUCAAAUGAAACAAGCUUGGAAAAACAUGGCCAGACUAUGAUGCAUUAGGACAUGGAACAAGAAGAGAAUGAAGCUUAGCAAACUCAAGUAAGCAUAGAGGAAGAAAGUGAUCGUGGAAUCAUGGCCAAUGCUGGGACUGACUUUAACGAGGUGGAUAGAAAAGCAGGCGAGUUCAUAGCCGAGUUCCGGGAACAGGCAUCGCCGGAGAUAGAAGCCAUGGUUACAAUUUCCUCAGCCUCUCUCCCUCCCACGCCAUCAUUUUCCAGUAGAAGAAUUCCUUCAUACCAAGUUAAAAGCUUGAUAUGUUGUUGUUCCUCAAGUGAGAAACCAAAACAUCAAAGUGUCCUGUUGGAGAAGGAGUCCUGUCCGUCUUCUCAGCCUAGUUUGAGCCGGAGAAUCCUUGCUUCUGUUUUGGUUUCUCCAUUCUUGUUUCCCGCUUUAUCCUCGUCCGCAAAGACAAAGGCUAAGAACCCGUAUGACGAGAGGCGGCUGUUAGAACAGAACAAAAGAAUACAGAGAGAGAACAAUGCUCCGGAGGAAUUUCCUAACUUCAUUAGAGAAGGUUUUGAGGUGAAGGUAGUGACUCCAGAUAAUUAUGUGAAGUGUGAUUCCGGCCUCAUAUAUCGGGAUUUCGAAGUCGGUAAAGGUGAUUGCCCAAAAGAUGGUCAGCAGGUGGUUUUUCAUUAUAUUGGGUACAAUGAGUCAGGAAGGCGAAUAGAUAGCACCUAUUUACAGGGUUCUCCUGCUAGGAUCCGACUGGGCAACAAUGCACUUGUUCCAGGAUUUGAGAUGGGAAUUCGUGAAAUGAGACCCGGUGGUAGAAGAAGGAUCAUCAUCCCUCCAGAACUGGGACCUCCGGUGGGUCCAUCGACGUUUUUCAGCUCGAAGCAGUUUGAAGUUUUCGAUGUGGAGUUACUCAGCAUCCAGAAUUGCCAGAGGAGAACAAUAGGGUUUUACUCCGACGUCAUUUGCACUUAAAACUCCAGAGUGUGUGCCUGUUUAGCGUUUUCAUGGCGGUGGGAAGUUACAUUACACCCAGAGAGCUGAAGGAUUGGUAUUCAGGGGAAGGAAAGAUCAUGCAAAGUCUCCUCCUUUUUUUUUUUUUUUUUUUAAAUUUCCUUUCUUUGUUUACAGCAUUUGUUUGUUGCUUCGAUCACGUUUCGAGUGUGUGUGUGUGUGUGUGUUUUUAUGUGGCUUUUGUUUCUGUCCGAAUUCCGAACACGAACACCCCUUCUGUUUCUUUGAACACUGUCAGCUCUCUUUCUCCCUGCAACA